GGUUGCUAACCCCGAUAGAUGUAUGGAAUACAAAGAUAUGAAAAAUAAUCACGCUUAUAUUAGGUUACUGACUUUGGUAUACGUAUGCAAUGCAAUGAGAAGCCAAGUGGGCUUUAUGGGCUCCGUUUAUCAGUGCUGGUGACCCAAUCAAGUGUAAUUUUGUUUGGCGACAUCUGUUGUCCAAUUUGAGAGCUGGUGGCUCAGCUCAAAACAUGAACCUUAAGCCAUACACCCCAAUUGUUAUCAAUUCGCUCCAUUGCCAUUUGUGGUAUGGCAACCUAUCUGACAGUUGCUAAGACACAUUUACUGAAGUCCUCCAAGGGUUUUCCUCUAAGCUGUCAACACAAAACCCAAUUUUUAAACUACAUUCCCUUAACCCGAGACUCGAGAGACUGAAUUGAGGUUCCGACAGGGUGGCCUCCAACUGUUGGUCACAAUAACUUGAAUGUCGACAGUCCAAAGCACUCCAACUUCUUGCCUCUCUCCCGAGUCCUUUUGACAAUUUAUUUAUUCAAGGAAACAUUUUUGCCCUUAACUGUGUGUUCUUCCCAAAAGUUUUUCUCACUGGACUAAUCAUUGUGGCCAAGCUUCCUCCGUGGUGAGAAUGAUCCCACUUCUGUUGCGGUUUGUUGUUCUAAUUCAAGGUCAGCUGAGCAAAAGUAUCGGAGCACAUAAAUCACAAGGAAUAUUUGUGUGGAGCCAUUUUGAAGCACUUUAAUGUCUCAAACUAAACCUUGACACUUUGGGUGGAAAAUUAUAAAUCAAAGCACUUCUGAUGGAAACUCAAAAGAAAACAAGUAUUUUUUAGGUUCACUACCUUUCGCCUCCAUGACUGAUACUUGUUGAACACGUGUACUAAAUCUUGGGCUCGUGCACACACUUUUUAGAGCUUACCAUAGAGAAUUUUUUAACAUCAUUUAUUUCAAGCUUCAUUAACGACUGCUCUUCUUAACAACACGCGCACACACACGCACGCACGGUGUUUGUUCAUUUGAUGCGUAUUCAGAGGAUUAUUUCUUACGUGCAUACACUGCAACUGAACGGUUUCUCGCCACGAUGUCUUCUCGCGUGUUGAACCAAUCCUGAACAUCACAAAAAGUUGAAUUGCGGACCGGUGAGGGAAAAGGUUUCUCACCAUUCAGUGUGUUCUUUAUGGAGAACCUUUUAGGGCAAACUGGACAGUCAAAAGGUUUUUUUUUCUCUUUUUAUGUUUCGGUGCUCGUCUCUUUCCCAAAAUUCAAGCGCGCGAGCACUUUUUGACGUUCGGUGCACUGACUUGCAUCUUGCCAAGAGGGUCACCGUUCCUCUAUGCCCAUGAUGCAACGCGGUGUGACGUCACGUCCGACAGUGAGCGUUGGCCCAAGUGAAGUCGACGUAAGCUCCAACUUGGGCUGCGUUUCUUCGACUUCUUCGGCGAUUUGUGUCAUCAAACGUGCUUCACGUAACUUUCUGCCCCAGUUAGCACUGAACGCACCGAAGCCUCACAAUGCGUCGGUCGCGUUUAGUUGGAGUCAAACAUUGUUAAAUCCUGAUGAGCUCGUCGAAGCUGGCUAGCGUAGCUUAGUUUAUCUUAGCUUAGGUUCGUUUAGCGUUCGCUCGCCGAGCCCGAACAGAGACGCGUUUACCUCCACAUCGCUCAGCCUACAUCAAAUGUGAACGUAAAGUUUUGCACUUGGCGUGGGAAAAAAAAAAAAAAAAGAAUGUGUGCUAAAAUAGAAGAACUAGAGUACAAUGAGCAACUAUGUCGACCAAAAGAAGACAACGAGCGACAACAUGAGCUACUGGACGAUGUUCGCCAUCAGCCUCAAGUUGUGACACAAAAAGCAGACGUCAGUGAAAAAAGUCUUCAAUCUGAAGAGCGGGCGUGGCAAGUCACGGUCAAGGAGGAGGAGCUUGACCGCCCUCGCGUUAAAGAGGAGAAGGAUGGGUCUGACGUCACCAAGUUUUCAUUGACUUGUGUCGUCAUGAAGAGUGAAGACCAAGCUGAGUGGUCAGCGCUUCAUUCGGGUCAGAGUGAAGAGAGCGGAGGGGCGGAGCCUCUGACCAGCAGCUCAAGUCAACGCGGCGUGAAAACCGAAGACGACGGAGGAUCGCCGGCAGCCAGCCUCUUCGGUCCGCAAUCUGAGAGUGACGACGCAACGUCACACUCUUCUGACGACGGUGAACACUCCAAAGUCAUGGAAAAAGGAGCCCAGAGGCAACCUGUUCGAGGGAGAGGCCGCGGCGGUCCGGUCAAAGAAGUGAAAAAACGCGGUGGAGCGAGACCCAAGAUUCCCAAUGAAAUCCGGGCCGCAGUCCUGGACUACGUCAUCAACCACGGUCUGACGUUUAAGGAGGCUGGGCAACGGGUCACACCCGCUUUGACUCGGAGCACUGUGGGAUCCAUGGUCAGAGUUUUGCGCCAUCAGAAUCGAAUCAACAGACUACCACAAAACGGCGGCAGAGACAAACUCUUCAACGCGAGUCAGGAGGCAGCCAUUGUGGCGAUGGUUGCUGCAAACAACGCCAUCCGACUGCGUGACAUCAAAGAAGCCAUCAUUGCAGAUAAACUGACGUUCCCGGACAUCGACAGCGUUAGUUUGUCGACAAUUGACCGAGUUCUGAAGCAUAAGAAUAUAGCCUUGAAAAAGGUCUUUCGAGUUCCGUUCCAAAGGAACGCCGACGUGUUGAAGGAGGCGAGGUACAGGUACGUACAGGAAAUAAUGGAACUCGAGAGCAGCGGUAAAAAUCUCCAGUUCAUCUUUGUGGACGAGGCGGGCUUCAAUCUAGCGAAGGUCACCAGAAAAGGGAAGCGAUUCAUCGGGCAGAGGGCCACCGUGACGGCGCCGGACCAGCGGGGAGCCAAUAUCACCAUGUGUGCCGCCAUCGCCGACGACGGGGUCCUCUGCCACAGCGCUAUCAUUGGGCCCCUCGACACGGAGCGCCUCGUCGUCUUCCUCGAUUCCCUCCUGCGCAGGCUGAUUCCCCCCGGAGAAGGCGAGCCGUCGGGGCCCGGCGCGCCGUCGUACGUCAUCGUUUGGGACAACGUCGCCUUCCACCGCUCCGACCCGGUCAACCGGUGGUUUGCCGAGCGGCCCCGGACGGCGAUGCACUUCCUGCCCGCGUGCUCCCCUUUCCUCAGUCCCAUUGAGGAGUUCUUCUCGGCGUGGAGAUGGCAGGUGUUGGAUUGCCAUUCUCAUCGAGGCAUGUCCCUGUUGGACGCCAUGAAUGCCAGUUGUCGGGCCAUAAACGCGGAAAGCUGUCAGGGAUGGAUCCGACGGGCAAGGAGAUUCUUUCCCCAGUGCGUCGCGAGAGAGGACAUCCAAUGUGACGUGGAUGAAAACCUGUGGCCCAACGAGAAGGAGCUGGUGGACUAGCAACGGGUUCGUUAGGCCCGUUGGAUUUUUUUCUGCCUCGCAAAAGUGCUCCUUUGUGCACAUUUUGGGUGAGAGCGCUCGCCUCGGGUUGCUCCUCACUGAUUGGUGACCCAAGAGCCACAUUCCAUCCAUCAAUCAUGUCAAUAAAGAUGGCCUCACAAAUGA